GGUCCAGCCGCGCGCCAUCACUCCCUUCCCCUCUCCCUCCCACCCCAAGACCCAACCAACGCGGCAACAAGAAGCAAGCCAUCACCAUGGCGCCGCCCUCGCUCUCCGCCUCCCACCUCCUCAUCACCGCCUCCCUCCCCAAGCCCUCCUCCCUAAGGUCGCCCCGUCUCCCGCAGCCCAAGCCCCUCCCCGCCGCGCUCCUCGCGCUCGCCGCUGCCCACGCGCUCCCCGCCCUCGCCGCUGACUCGCCGGCCCCGCCCCCAGCACCGGUCCCCGCGCCCGCGCCGGAGCUCCAGGCCGAGGCCCCCACACCGGCCGCCAACCCCUUCUCCAACUCCCUCCUCACGGCCCCCAAGCCCUCCGCCGCCGCGGACCUCCCGGAGGGCGCCCAGUGGCGCUACAGCGAGUUCCUCAGCGCCGUCAAGCGCGGUAAGGUCGAGCGCGUCCGCUUCUCCAAGGACGGCGGCCUGCUCCAGCUCACCGCCGUCGACGGUCGCCGCGCCACCGUCGUCGUCCCCAACGACCCCGACCUCAUCGACAUCCUGGCCACCAACGGCGUCGACAUCUCCGUCUCCGAGGGCGAGGCCGCCGGGCCCGGCGGCUUCCUCGCCUUCGUCGGCAACCUCCUCUUCCCCUUCCUCGCCUUCGCAGGCCUCUUCUUCCUCUUCCGCCGCGCGCAGGGCGGGCCUGGCGCGGGCCCCGGCGGGCUCGGCGGACCCAUGGACUUUGGCCGCUCUAAGAGCAAGUUCCAGGAGGUGCCCGAGACAGGUGUCACCUUCCUCGACGUGGCCGGCGCCGACCAGGCCAAGCUCGAGCUGCAGGAGGUCGUCGAUUUCCUCAAGAACCCAGACAAGUACACCGCGCUCGGGGCCAAGAUCCCCAAGGGAUGUCUCCUCGUAGGCCCGCCUGGGACAGGUAAAACGCUCCUCGCGCGAGCCGUUGCUGGGGAGGCCGGGGUGCCUUUCUUCUCCUGCGCCGCGUCCGAGUUCGUCGAGCUCUUUGUCGGUGUCGGUGCUUCCAGAGUGCGCGACCUCUUCGAGAAGGCCAAGGCCAAGGCGCCGUGCAUUGUCUUCAUUGAUGAGAUUGAUGCCGUCGGGAGGCAGCGUGGUGCGGGGCUCGGUGGCGGAAACGAUGAGAGGGAGCAGACCAUUAACCAGUUGCUGACGGAGAUGGACGGCUUCGCUGGCAACAGUGGUGUCAUUGUCCUCGCUGCGACCAACAGGCCCGAUGUGCUGGACUCGGCGCUUCUACGGCCAGGGAGGUUUGAUCGGCAGGUCACCGUUGACAGGCCAGAUGUCGCCGGGCGCGUCAAGAUUCUUGAGGUCCAUUCCAGAGGAAAAGCAUUGGCAAAAGAUGUUGACUUUGAGAAAAUUGCUAGAAGAACCCCUGGUUUCACUGGAGCUGAUCUCCAAAACCUGAUGAAUGAGGCUGCCAUUCUGGCUGCUCGCCGUGAUCUUAAGGAAAUAAGCAAGGAUGAGAUCUCUGAUGCUCUAGAGAGGAUCAUUGCUGGGCCUGAAAAGAAAAAUGCUGUUGUUUCUGAAGGGAAGAAGAAACUUGUGGCUUACCAUGAAGCUGGUCAUGCCCUCGUUGGUGCCCUCAUGCCGGAAUAUGAUCCGGUUGCUAAGAUUUCCAUCAUUCCUCGUGGUCAAGCUGGUGGACUCACAUUCUUUGCUCCAAGUGAAGAAAGGCUUGAAUCUGGGUUGUACAGCAGGAGCUAUCUUGAGAACCAAAUGGCUGUAGCCCUUGGCGGCAGGGUUGCUGAAGAGGUGAUCUUUGGCCAAGAAAACGUGACAACAGGAGCUUCCAAUGACUUUAUGCAGGUCUCACGUGUCGCAAGACAAAUGGUCGAAAGAUUUGGGUUCAGUAAGAAGAUCGGACAAGUUGCGAUUGGGGGACCUGGUGGAAACCCUUUCUUGGGUCAGCAGAUGUCGAGCCAGAAGGACUACUCGAUGGCGACCGCGGACAUCGUGGACGCUGAGGUGAGGGAGCUUGUGGAGAAAGCCUACUCGAGAGCAACGCAGAUCAUCACCACGCACAUCGACAUCCUCCACACGCUCGCUCAGCUUCUGAUAGAGAAGGAGACGGUGGAUGGAGAGGAGUUCCUGAGCCUGUUCAUCGAUGGCCAGGCCGAGUUGUUUGUUGCUUGAGGCAAAGAAGGCGUGGAGCUAGCUCAGUCUUUGCGCGCUUUUUGCGUUGAGUGAUCUGUGCUGGUAAACACAAGGGGAAAUGGAGUGCCCAACUUGUAGGAACCACAUCGAUGUAGCCAAAGAUGUUUUUGCAUACCUGUGUAGUUAAAAGCAUCUACUGACAUUGAGCUAGUAAACCACUACUGCUUACUGUUAUAGCACAA